AUGGGCCUUUCAUUAACGCAGAGGUGGGCAAAAUCGUGUCUGUACUUUUUACUGGAUACUGUGCUGUCCGUGCGUGCGAACAAACAACUCUCGCAGGGAAGCGGACGUCAUGUAAUCGCUUUGAUACCUGAUUUCUUCGAAACAAUCCACUGCUGGUAUGUAGUUUUCAAGCGAUACGAGUGGAGGCGCCAAGGAAAAGGGCACGAUCGUCGACCAGUUCGUACCAGUUCGUUGGCCGGUAAACGACAGAGGUCAAGAAUGUGCUGUUUCGACGACGAGCGAUUCUGGCCGAAGCGCUCAACGACGACGAUACUCGAAGGGGAACCCCACGCUAGUCGUCGAACGCCUCGGCUGCUUGGCAGGCAGCAGCAGCAGCAGCCUCUGGCAAGACGGCAUCGUUCGUUGCAAGUAAUUGCCACGCGUUCCAUAAAUACAAUUCAAUGCCUGAGCGCUGUGUCCUGGAAUGCCAUGUGCGGUGCACGUGGCUCCCGAAGGGAUGUACUUUGGAGUUUGCUAUUCAGUCUCGAGACUAUGACUGCUGCGACAACCGACUGCCCUUCGUGA